CUGGCCACUUGCUCCCCGCGACAGACUGCGAACAGUUCGCGUUAUUAAUAAUUCAACCAACUCGACGCUUCCACGAGACCACGACCGGCUGAUCGCUCUGACCGGCCCCGACGCUAAUAAGGCUAUACAACUGCCCUCAUUCUUAUUCCAUUUUAAAGGGACAUUAACCUCCUUUUGUGUCGCUGAUAUUGGGGAAUAAACCGCUAUCAGUAUUGAUAUUGGAACGUAGGCUACGGCUAUCUCCUCAGCAGUCAGCAUUUUACACGAGGAUUUUUCGACAGGUCUUUGUUGCUGCGGUGUAGGCAUUUUGGUAUCUCGGCAAUGCAAUAACGAUUUUGAAGACGUCUCUUUCAUCUCGUACGCUUUGAGGAGGAGGAGGCGUGGGACCAGGGGACUCUCCGAUUGUGGAUCAAGAGUGAGAGAGGGGAACAAGGGGGAAGCAGAACGAGAAGACAGACAGUGGAGGAAGAGAUUGGGGUGUUGGUGUUAGGUUGGAUACACAUUUUGGAAACGGGAGCAGAGAGCUGUUAUUUUGAAGGAGGAGAAAAUAAAUAAACAAAAACUUACUUUCUAUCUUAUCUCCGUCCACACAGUAUUUUACCUAUUUGUGAGACGUUUGUUGGUGGUUCGGCGUCUCUCUCACGUCACUGAUUAGUUGCAGAACUUUCUUUCACCGCUCGGUGUUGAAGGCAGCAGGACUUGGACUCGAACGUCUCCCGAACUUAUUGGGCCGUCGACGAGCGUUGACGAUGGAUGCAACUUGUGCUAACAAGUGAAAAGAAGAAUCCAGAAUAACGAGGAGAAGUAGGGAGUCUGCUGCUACGCUGUCCUUCCUUUCCUUUUCUCUCGCAGAAGAGAAGACUAACUUUUUCAAAUACCGUUUUCUGGGCCACAGGCCGACUUGUUUAAAGGACUUGUUUUUGCUUCCGGUAACACCGAAGAAAAAACAGAGUCGCGCUCUCUCGCCCUCUUCUCUCCCUCUCGCUCUCUCUCACUUUUUUUGGAAGCAGAAUUUUUAAAGUAAAAUGGGUCUUUGAGAGAGUUGGCACAUCUCCCUGCGCUAUAAUGGCCACUGACACGUACCUGGUGAAUGAAGACCCAUCCAGAGGCCCCGGGAUGCCCGAGUGUUUUCUCGUGUCUGAUUCCUACAGAGAUGAAUUCCACCCGUUCAUCGAGGCCCUGCUGCCCCACGUCCGAGCCUUCUCCUACACAUGGUUCAACCUGCAGGCCCGCAAGCGCAAGUACUUCAAGAAGCACGAGAAGAAGAUGUCCAAGGAGGAAGAGCGUGCGGUCAAAGAUGAACUGCUGGGAGAAAAAUCCGAGAUCAAACAGAAAUGGGCGUCGAGGCUCCUCGCCAAGCUCCGCAAGGACAUCCGGCCAGAGUUCCGGGAGGACUUUGUCCUCACCAUCACCGGGAAGAAAGCCCCCUGCUGCGUCCUCUCCAACCCCGACCAGAAGGGUAAGAUCAGGAGGAUCGACUGUCUCCGCCAGGCCGACAAGGUGUGGAGGCUGGACCUGGUCAUGGUCAUCCUGUUCAAGGGCAGCCCCCUGGAGAGUACGGACGGAGAGCGGCUGGCCAAGUCGCCCCAGUGCUCCAACCACGGCCUGUGUGUCCAGCCGCAUCACAUCGGGGUCUCCGUCAAAGAGCUGGAUCUCUACCUGGCCUACUUCGUCCAGGCACCAGAAUCUGGACAAUCAGACAGCUCCAGCCAACAAGGAGACACAGACAUCAAGCCACCGCCCAAUGGGCACCUGAGUUUCCAGGACUGCUUCGUCACCUCAGGAGUGUGGAACGUGGCUGAGCUCGUCAGGGUGUCACAGACUCCUGUAGCCACAGCGUCUGGUCCUAACUUCUCCCUGGCUGACCUGGAGAGUCCUGGCUACUACAACAUCAACCAAGUGGCUCUGGGGCGACGCUCCCUCGCAUCCCCCCCUUCCACCAGGUACAUGUCUGAGGUCGAGCUGUACUCAAACCUUCCACGGAGCUCUAACAAGAGGAAGUCGUUAGACGACAGUGAGCUGGAGAGCCCCACGGACGAUGUCUUCUACCCCGGACGCUCCCCAGCCGCAGGCUCCUCCCAGUCCAGCGGCUGGCCCAACGACAUGGAUGCAGGUGGAGACCUUCAUUCCCCAUCCCCAAGCUCACACCAUGUUGACCGUCACCUGAUAAUGCAGCACCAUUUGGCCAGUGUGCAGGAGAGGAAGAUAAAACAUGAACACGAUGGAGUGCAGUUUCCUUACCAUGGACUGUCCUCGCCUGGUUCUCUUAAGAAGCCGGGGAAGUUUGAUUUCAACGCCCUGUCGCCCCAGACGAGGUCCCCCCGCAUGACGUUCACACACCACCCGCUGCCCGUGCUGGCAGGAGUGAGACCAGGGAGUCCCCGUGCCUCAGCUUCAGCUCUCCACUUCCCCUCCUCCUCCAUCAUCCAGCAGUCCAGUCCCUACUUCCCUCACCCCACCAUCCGCUACCACCACCACCAGGACCCGCUAAAGGAGUUCGUCCAGUUCGUCUGCGCCGACGGCUCGGGGCAGUCCGGGGGACAGCCUAACGGAGGUGGUCACAGCCAGAGCAAAAUGCCAGGCUCCUUCCUGCUGCCCCCGCCGCCCCCAGUGGCGCGCCCCGUGCCCCUCCCCAUGCCCGAUUCUAAACCAAUCAACACGCCCCCCGACGGCGGCGGACUCAGCUCGCCCGCAUCUCCGUCAUACUCCACGCCAGGCUCCACAGCUCCCAACAGGUUUGUCAGCAUCGGAGCACGGGACAACUUUCUGAACAUCCCCCAGCAGUCUCAGUCUUGGUUCCUCUGACAAGUCCUCCGAAUCAACCGCUAGAAUUGUGUCAUGAGAAAAUUGGGAAUGGAAAAACCACACAACACACAAAACAAACCAACACUGACUACAAACAAACUGCUGACACUAAAGUAAAACCAGAAAAUAACCCCCCAGAGGAAUACCCAUUUCCACAAUUUGAACAUUUGAACCGGAACAACCAUCUCCCUAUACAGAAGGCUGAAAAGAGAUCGGUUGAAGUGGACAGACUCAGAACGAACGACAGAACGAGGAAGAGGAGGAGGAAGAAAGAUGAGGAAAUGUCACACACAAAACAUGUCAGAAAGCAAACCUGACAACUAACUGACCAAUUUUGUUUUAUUGUUGUUUUUACAUUUUAUUUUCACAAUGAAACUCCAUGCAAUGGCUGGGAGAUCCACACACACACAACAGUGUAAAACAAAGACUACAAAAAACAUAGUUGGCAGAAUUUGGUCAUUUGAGCUAUAGCUAUAAACAUUGUCACCACCCAAAAGAACCCAUUCUGUAAUCCUUCAGUCUCUCCUCCUGACGGUGCUUUAUGUCCCUGCUCCCUCUCUCAUCUGUCAACCAGGUGUCCAGGGUUGCCCCGGCAACGCCCACAGCCUCACACAACCACAUCCGACUGGCCUCACUGCCUCUUGAUUUGCUCAGCCCUGAAUCCCCUCCCUCCUCCCUUCUUCUGAUUGGCCAAACACUGGGACACCAUCCAAUGGUGUGACAACAUCUGCACUAGAUGGCUGGUUUUAGUUUACACUCUUGUGAAGAGCGAUAGCCAAUAGCAUGAGCCGCGAGGGAACACAAGACAGACAGACAGACAGACAGACAGACAGACAGACAGACAGACAGACAGACAGACAGACAGACAGACAGACAGACAGACAGACAGACAGACAGACAGACAGACAGACAGACAGACAGACAGACAGACAGACAGACAGACAGACAGACAGACAGACAGACAGACAGACAGACAGACAGACAGACAGACAGACAGAUAAUCAGUCAGACAGACAUGUCAGACAGACAGACAGUCAGUCUGUCAGUCAGACAUAACAGACAGACAGUCAGACAGACAGUCAGUCAGUCAGACAGACAGUCAGUCAGUCAGUCAGUCAGUCAGACAGACAUAACAGACAGUCAGACAGACAGUCAGUCAGACAGACAGUCGUACAACACUAUGUGCUCUUUCGUCCCCUCACCUAUGCACUACUGAAACAAAUAAGGGAGGAAACAGAGCGAUCCAGCAGGUCGCUGAAGGCAGUGUGUGUGUGUGGGCAAUGGGCUGUGGCUUUGGCAUCCUGGCACUCACACAUACAUGCACUCACGCAGACUCAAAGCACGUACACACACACACACACACACACACACACACACACACACACACAGAGAUCAUCGUCUCCAGAACCCACAUGUCUGGCAGACACAACUAUUCACUGACAAUAACAUCUUGUCUGUGUGUCCUUCACAGUAACAUAAUGCAUAGGAUCAACAUCAUCAUGUAAUAACUAGCUUUCUUUUUGUUUGUAGACGUUUUCUUGCAUUUCAUUUUGUUUGCCGGAUUGGUUUUGGUUUUGUCUCACUUGGAUUUUUUUGCUUAUGUUUGACCUUCUUUCCUAAGAUUUUUUUCUUUCAUCCGCUUUUUAUUUUGCAGAAAAAACAUCAUCUUCGUUUGCAAUAACAGACAUCUCUGAAAUCUCUCACAAACACCAGUACAGGAACAUGCGACACAACCCCUGCCUUGCUUCACCCUGUAACCACAGUCCAUUCACAGUAGGGCCCAGAGGAACACACGCUGACACACCACCGUAUCAAAAUGCACACUACUAACACCGUCACCCUGAUUCGAAACACAAAGGUGAGCCUUUAUAUAUGACUUUCUCCAAACUGCCUUUGGUUUUUCAUUCAUUUUGACAUUUGUCAUUUUUAAUUUGAGAUACCUUGUUUUUUUUUCUAUCGUAAAUGUGAUUUUUAAAUUGUUAUUGAUAUUGUAAUUUUUUUUUAUCAUGACACAAUAAUUCAAACAAAAAAAGCCAAUCCUCACAAAAUAACUGGACUGCCUAGCUGUUGGUUUCUUCCAUGUGCAGGGAUAGAAUUGUCUGACAGCCCAGGCACUCUGAGUUUAUAGUAAAAUUAGCUCUAUGUACUCAAAUCAUGUAUCACAACUAUAACAAUCUAUGGAAGUGCCUCUGUACUCCCCUAUCAUGCAAUUAGUUCAAAUUCAGGUUGAUGUUUUUGUUCACAUAUAUGCUAAAGCUACAAGGAAUGGUGAUGUUUCUUCCUAUAUGGAAACCCUUGGCUAUAGGACAGAACCUUUGUAGAAGACCGCAAAAUGUUAUAGAGAGAGAGAGAUCUUAUACAUAUAUAUUUAUGGUAUAUGCUCCUUUUUAAACUUGACUAAAACGAGCUUGUUGGCAGUUUAGUUAUUUUCUGAACUCUUGAGCUAGCAGAAUUCCAUGAUGGACAGCACCUCACUGUUACCAUGACAACUCAAUGAGCACCCACCCAACCUCCACAAAUCUACAGUGCAGCAUUCAAAAACGAAACAAAAAUGUCCAUGAUGCAAAAUAGAUGAAACAUGUCAAAAUCGACAAUGGAAAAAUUGAAGAAAAAAGUGUUUGUUUUUUGAUGGAAAGUAUUAUUAUUGAAAAAUAUGUGUCGAUUGAGCCACGUGCAAUGCAUUGGGUAGAUUCAUUGUGUUUUGUCUGUUAGAGAUUUUUAAGAAAGCUAAGAAGAAAAGAGAAAAAAAAUCUAUUUGUUUCAAGUCCGAUGUGCUCCUGGACUCUAAACUAACAGAGCCAUAUCCUAGUCUUUGUAAGUUGGGGGUAUUUGUUUUUAUUUUCCUUUAUUGUCUCUUUUUUAAUGUUUAACGUGUAAUCAUUUGUUUAUAAAACUGUUUGGAGGGGCUGAAGGAAGAAACAUUUCUUACAAAACUUUUAAAACAAAAUUGAACAUGAAAUGAAAAACCGGUGAAAUGAAAAAACGGUACUUUUACACACUAUAAAGUACAUUCAAACUAUUACAAAAUGAAUGAUAAUGAACAAAAUAAUGACUACCUUUAGGAAACCGCAUUUAUUAUUCCUCUUCUCUAUUUCUAUUCCUUCUCCUGUUUGUAAUAUUGAGUGGAGGGAGGGGUUCCUAGUCCUUCCUAUAUUCCUCUAGUAGGUUGUGAAACAAAAGGCAUUUUGGUUCAACCUUUAGAUAGGACGAGAGCUGUACUGUAGGCUUAACAAUGCCCACAACUACUUCUUCUGAUUUCUCCCAGAUUAUUAUACUCCUCUCUCCGAGUCUGAGCAAGGAAAAAAAAGAAAAAUGGCAGCUUAGAAUUUGUUUCAUUUGAGGAGCCAGCCAGUCUGUCAGAACCAUGACGUAACGAUAGAAAUACAGUAGGCCUAUGCAAAGUGAGCUUCCCUCCACCCCUUCCUUCUCCACCCUCUCCCUCAUUCCCCUGUAAAUUCACCUUGACUAGUGCUUGUGCUGUAGUGUAGUUUCCCAGCAGUUAAAGGUUGUCCCUUAAAAGUGCCUUUUGUUCACAGACUCCAUUUUGUAAUCCAGAUCGCUCCCCUUUCAUUCGAAAUAAUUCAAGGUUGAGGUGGAAGUGCCCCUAAGUGCAGAUCUAGGAUCAGUUUACUGUACUCCAUAUCCUGACCUGAACCAUUAGGAGGGUAUAUGCAAAACUGACCUUAGAUCAGUGCUUAGUGAGUAACUUCAUCCGACCUCCACCUUUGAAAAAUGAUCCCCCUCCAUUGUAUCAACCUUCCCAUAAAUCCUUUCCCUUUUCAAAAUCCGUAUAUAUAUAGUACAAAAGGAAACUGGUGUGAAUUAGUUCUUUACUUUUUAUUGAUAAAUGAUGAAAAAAAAUACUGAAAAGGCAAAAAAACUUGUUCUCGUUCCCCCUUGCUCUCUGGCUUUUUUCUUCUUCCCUCUGUCUCCUCCUCUCCCCUCCUCUGUCUAUCUGUUCUCUCGUAGACACUGGAGUAGUCUGUAACUGUGUCCUCUCUCUCUCUCCUUCCCCUCCCUCCCUUCCUUCCGUUGAUGGAAGGGGUUGUUGAAAAAAAAAAUGGCCGAAACUUUUUGUCUUGAGCAGAAUGCAGUUAGCUCACGUUAUUCUUGUCUGUAUUGCCUCUUCUUCACAUUGUAUACCAUUACCCAUCCUCUUCAGCUUCUCCAUUCAAACAGCUAAUGUAAGUGAACAAAUUACACCAAUGGGCUUUUGGGGGUGCGCCUGCCCAGUGUAGGGUAGGACUGGGUGUUAGGGGUUAUGGGGGUAAAGGUCUUAGGGGGUCAAUAAUGUUGGGGUAAAGGAGAUAUUAUAGGGGUACCUUUUUGGGGUGUUGGGGAGGGGGGGCUGCUGUUCUGCUGUGACCAGUUAAGAGUUAAAAAACAAAAAAUUGUUUUAUUUUAUUUUAUUCCUUUAUUUUUUUUUGGACUUAAUUUGGAUUUUUGCUUUCAUAGUUCCUAUCUAUCAGGGUAUGCUGUCAUUGAAACUCUAUAAGAGAGUCUUGGAGUGUAAAUGAAAUGCUACAAGCACCUUAUAACUACUGGCUGAGAAAAGGGAGUUUGCAAUACUACCAGCACACACACACACCUAGUCAUGUAUCAAAUACUCUAAACUCUUGUAUUAUUAUUGUGAGGUUUUAUCUAGUGAAGCCAGCAGCAGUAUUAGCCAUUGGCAAAACACACAUCACAACCCACCAUAUAGAGCCAGCAUGAACCAGGCUUGAGGCAUACGCUCAAGUGAAACGUAGAGAUAUCAGUUUGAAUGCCAGGCUCUAAAAACUCUGUUCCGUUUUGAGAUGUGUUUUUGUUUUGUUGUUUUUGUUUUGUUUAGUGGUGUCUAGACAGUACGCCCUUUGACCCCCGACCCUACGCCCUCAGAGCAGAAGAGCCCCACUCAUGCCUGUAGUUCUGUCUGAAAUGGCACCCUAUUCCCUACAUAGUGCACUACUUUUUCACUAUUCCCAUAGGGCCCUGUUCAAAAGUAGUGCACUAUGUAGGGAAUAGGGUGCCAUUUUAAAUGCAUCCCAUGUCUUUGUGUAUAAGAAACACCCCCAGAGCUCUGUAGGUGAAAUGCAUGUGUUAAUUACAGUUUCUUUUCCAUAAGAAGAAAAACACAGUUUGAGCAGAGCAGCACCUUGAUUGAAUAAAAGGAUGUUCUUGACUGUA